AAAAUGAAAUAGCGUAUGAGCCAAAAAUUUUUAGUAAGAGGGAAAAAGUACAGAUUUUUAUAAAAGAAAGGAAAGAAAUUAAUAGUGAUACAAGAUCAUAAGAUGUCUUUACUAAUACGAAAGUGCGGAUUCACCAAUUAUCGGUGGUACACGAAGCUUGUGAAGACUCGUGAAUUAUGUUUUCCGAUGCUAUUUCAUCAAAAAGUUGCCAGAAAUUUGUCUAGUAUGCAUGUGAGCCCAAAGCAAUUGGAUAAUAGAAUUAGAAAAUGUUUAGAUUAUCUUGUAAAUGAAUACAAGAAUGAAACCUUGAGAGAUAACAGUCUCCUCCAAUUGAUUGAUUUAAACACUACUAGUGGCUUGUUAAAUAAAAGGAUACAGUUAUUAGAAAAUAUUGAGAAUUUACAUGAUCUAGUAAAACAGGAUGCGGGGAUGAAAAAGUUAGCAGAAGAAGAAGAUGCGUUGUACAGGAAGCAAUUGAGUGAACUGGACAAGAGCCUGUUGGGUAUGAUAUUGAACAAAAUGUGCAACAAAUGUUGCGACAAUAUUAUCCUCGAAAUAACGGGGGGUGUUGGAGGUCAGGAAGCUAUGCUGUUUGUUAAAAACUUGUACGAAAUGUACUUGGGCUAUGCCAAAUAUCUGGGUUUAUCUUACGAUGUGAUAAAUAUAGACUCGACCGAUUGCAAUGGUCUUAGGAACGUCAGCAUCAUAAUGUCUGGUGAACAAGUGUCCAAGUUGAGGUACGAAGGUGGUGUGCACCGAGUACAGCGAAUACCGGCCACGGAGAAGUCAGGCAGGAUGCACACCAGCACCGCCUCGGUGGCAAUUUUACCGACACCAUCGGAAGUGCAGGUUGUGAUUAACGACAAGGACUUAAAGAUGGAGACGAAACGAGCCUCCGGUGCAGGUGGUCAGCACGUGAACAAGACAAAUUCCGCGGUGCGGAUAACCCAUAUGCCGAGCGGGCUAGUCGUAGAGUGCCAAGUGGACAGGUCGCAAAUUAGGAAUAAGAAAUUGGCGAUAAUGAAGCUGAGGAGUAUGUUGUACGAGCAGCAAUUGAACCAGCAGACGUCGUUCGUAAGCGAGCUGCGAAAGAAACAGAUGGGAAUGGGGCUCAGAAACGAGAAAGUCCGGACGUACAAUUACAGCCAGGAUCGUGUGACCGAUCACAGGUUGGAGAACGGCACUUUUUACAACUUGAAGGAGUUUAUGCAAGGUGGCGUAGCGUUGGAACAGUUGGAGGAUAGACUGCAUAAGGACGUGCAGAUGAAAACCUUAUUGGAAAUUGUGAGAAAGUUGGAGACGCGAUUGACGUAACGCUAGUCUUUUCUUCCCAAGAAGUUUUCAUCUCGAUUCGAAGUUUGCCUUUGUUUUACAUAGGUAAGUGUUCUUGUAUAUAGGAUAAUUGUAAUAUCUUUUAUGUAAUACCGAAUAUAAGUCCUCCGUUUCGGAAGAAACUCCAGAGCUUAUAACUAAUGUACAGAGA